CAACCCGGUCACCAGAUCUGCACACGACUGUCUACGAGUUCCAGGUGUUUUCUGGUUUCCCCAGAUUUGUGCGAACGGACGAAGACAUCGGUCGUCUCCGUGUCGGGAUAACCGAAGGGUGCGCGACGGUCACUGUAUGUGUACCGCCAUUCUUUGUGGUAGGCUCGGCGAAGAUGGUUUCUGACCCUUUUGGCGACUCCUGGCAACUCUGAGACUGCAUCCGUCCGCUUCUUCUGGCGCACGUGAUUUCCCCGUCGCCCCGCUGUGUCUUCCAGAGUUCGCCGGUGAGUUUCUGAAAAUACGAUCCCGAACUUCCGCUAGUUUGUCUCCAUGGAUGCGCAAACGGUAGCCGGUGCCUAUGUGGCCUUGGUCGCCCUGAAGCGCGGGGGCUUUUGUGGUGAGUCUGCGAAGCGUUCUGACUCUGGCACUCUGCGUGGCGUUUGUCGCUUCUAGUGGACAUCUCUUGGGUUUCGCCCCUGUCUCGGAUAGGACCUGGAGAGUUUGUGAUCUUGGAGAAGAGGUACGGAAGACCAAUAGGUUCCUUGUUGGUCACUUCUGCAUGGUACCUAUCUGUUCGAUGCUCAAACUUAAGACGUUGUGGAGAGGUUAUGUACAGUCAGGUCUCCGCCGCGUGCAUCGCGUAGUCUCUCCGAGAUUCGUGCCUUUUUGCUUUUUGCGCGAUCCGGAAUGAGAUAGGAUGCACUCUUCCAGUUCGACGGAACCGGUGUUCCACGUCCUCGUUCCGUCGGCCUUCUCUCACGAGGGUGCAAACUCCGACCACAACAAUUUUCCCUUUGAAUCUGUCUCUCUGAGACUGCUCAUGAGGACACAGGAUCGCACUGAACCUCUCCGUGCACCUGUUGUAUUAUUUUUUUUUUCUCCAAACACUGCGGCAGCGUGUAGUCGGUCCGCGACUACGCUUUCAAGACCAGUGGAGUAUUGACUGGAACUGGAGUGUUGUCCUUUGUCUCGUGCCUUUCGUGUAGCGGUGUGUAUCAUCAUAGAGUUCCCUUCCCUGAGAAACUCUGUUAGCUCGUGCGGUAGACCGGAACACCCUGGGAAGCCGCUUGCCUGAGGAUUCAUGUACAGAAUAAGUUUUUUCGAGUCGCUGCAGUCUCUUUUUGUCUCGCGCCCACGGAUCCGUUCGGAUCCUGACUGUGACAUCGCAGCGCUGGCGCAGAACCGCGUUUUUGCCGCCACAUGCUUUAGCGUGUUCGACGGCAAGGUUGUUUUACGUAGCAGAGGUUUUUUUCUCCGUUCAUUUUUCGCAGCAUGGCGGAUCCCGCCGCGUCCUCGCGUUUCUCAGGUCUGCGCACUCGGUUGAAGGCUUGGAUUCCUCCCAGUGACCUUCCGGGGGCGAAUCAGCCGACGCCUUGUAACUUCAAUCGCUACGCGCUUCUUUUUUUCUACGUGAUCAGUGGGUGUCUCACAGGGGUCGUUUUUUUCGGGUGGCCUGCCAUGGCGUCUUUGAUCUUCUACAACGAGGGUUUCUCGACCCUCUGCGCGCGGGACCCUGCAACAGGUGCGUUUUCCCCCGACUUUCGACAGGAAGGCCAGUUGUUCAUUUGUGACGCUCAAGACGCCGCGGUCCAGAAACUGUACACCUUGGCGGGUCUUCUCUGCUGCGUCAUGAGUGCAUGCGGCGGGGCACUGCUCGACUUCAUCGGACCCAAGUACACAAUGUGUCUAGGACAACUCCUCUCCAUCACGGGUUGGCUGUUUUUGGCUUUCUCGGGAGCCGCGCCGAGCACGUACUACGCCGGCAUCGCCUUUAUCGGUCUGGGCGCAGAUGUCGGCUUCCUCCCCACCAUGUGCGUCACGCGGCUCUUGCCCGGCUCAGCGGGCCUCGUAAUCACGCUGCUCAGCUCCGCCUCUUCGGCGAGCUCUGCGGUUCCCAUGGUGCUCGCCAAGGUUGUCGAACACCACGGAGCGAGUCUCAAGACCGUCGCGCUCUGGUACAUCUGCUGCGGCCCCAUCGUCAGUCUCCUCAUUGCGCUCUUCCUCUUGCCGCGACGGAACUAUCUGGUUGGCGACGAGUUCGCGGACCGGGGGCGCAGCCUCGAAGACCACGCGUGCACAGUCGGCGACGGACGGAGCGAAGGUGACGAGACAGGCCGGGACGCAGAUAUGGAAGACGACGGCGCUAGCCGUCGAGACGCGCCAGCCAAGCAGAAUGUGAGGCAAAUGACGAAUCAGAGUUCCUCCAACUGGCUCUCCCGCGGUCGAGAGAAAACACUGGAUGUCUCGCGCGUCCAGGAGGCGAGGGAGAAACACACACCUGCGACUCGUGCUGUCGAACCCUCCAUGCCGGAAGGUGCCUCGUUUGGAUGCAGGAACGUAGUGCAAGCGACUGAGCUUGCGGACGGUGCGCGCUGUGAAGAGGUGAGGCCCAGGACGGAGGAAGUCGUGUGUUUGACAGACUCAGAGGAAAGGUGGAGAGGCGGCGUUGAUGACGCAGCAGGCAAUGCUGCCACUUCGAUCCCCGGGAGAACAGUAGCUUGUGAACGGGACGGCCCACAACAGUCGAUCGAGGCCCAAGGCGAACGUGAAGAGGAAUCGAAGAACAAGGGUGAAGAGAGGCCGCCGGCGCCGCCUCCGUUUUUCAAACAACUAUUUUCACUGCGCUACCUCCUCGUCGUCGUUUACUUCGUCGGUGUCGCAUGCGCUGGCGCGUUCUUUCAGCAGGCGCCGCGCCGCAUGUUUAACGACACCGUAGUCGACUUCAUGGAGAUGAUGCAGCCUCUCGCAUUUCUGCCUUGCAUUAUUUUUGGCAAGUGUGCAGACGUUUUUGGCAUUUUGAAGGUUUGGAUGGUGGUGAACACCUGUGGGUUACUGAUGUACGCCACCUCCAUGAUUCAUGGCUUCCACAAUGCUUUCGGGUACACCUCGGUUUUGCUCUACACCCUGUACAUGUCCGUCUUUUCGAGCCAAGUCUUUGUGUACAUUGAAGAAACAUUCUCCCCUCAGUAUUUCGGCAAGAUGAUUGGUCUGACAGCGAUGUGUGGCGGCCUCCUUUCGAUGGUUUCGAAUUCGUUGUAUGAACACGUAGUCAUUGGUAUCGGAAAAGGUGACCCGUUUAUCAUGCAAGUCGCUUUGACCGUUUUCCUAGGGAUUCAGUACAUCUGGAUUGCAUGGCUGAUGUGGCUGAAAAGGAAAGAGCCGAAUCCGUACCGCAGCCGACCAGCACGUCUGCCGCCAUCCGACAACCCCAGUAUACACGCGGUGCCCACUUGCCUGGCACCUUUCGAGCCUGUUUGUGAAGUCUAGAGAAACGCCACUGCGGAGUUCUGGAUCGUUGAAAGACACGGUACAACGCAUGCAGCAGGGAACGUGAAGAACGAUUCACCUUCCGGAAAGAGUACCGUGGUUCCGAAGGGCGGCGUGUAGCUCCGGUGUGCCUUCUUGUUUUCCUAUGUAGAACACCGUGUUUUCAUGGUCGCUCAUGAAGCCGAAGCAUGCAGUCGUACCGAGUUUACUGUCAACAGGUUUCCCUGUGGUCUGGAAGUACAGCCACUGCGGCAUGAAUUCGGUUUUUUAUGUAAAUUAUGGUUUGUGUUGGGAUGCUUCGUUGUCUGGGCUUUCGCAGGUAGGACUAAACACACAUGACUGACAUUCCCCCCAUUUGAACGUGAACAAAGUACAUCGGUUUGGUGUGUAAGAGCGGCGACGCCCCUUACAGCGCAUGCCGGUCUGUUUCGCAUGUCACGUGUCCCCUGGUGCUUUUUUUUUCAUCGCAAGUGGUAACUUACUGCGGCGUGUGUCAGACGGUUGAAUGAUCAAGGAUCGAUUGUUGUGGUGUGUAGGCGCUCCGCUUGACAAAGGUAUUAGGUUUGGAGUGUCAUGCAUCAUCGAACUGGAAACAAGAGCUUGUUUGCGUUUUACUGUUCUGUUAAGACGUGUUGCUCGCCACUCUCUAGUGCGCACGUACCCGCUUGUCUGUCUGUAAAAAAGUGAAUCACGUC